GCACACAGUUCUGUUGGUUGGGAGGAAGUGAAGCAGUGCGCUCAUGCUCGCCCUAGCGAGUGAAGACAGCAGUCCUAUCAUAUUGUGUGCAGGUGUUUCAGUUUGCAGGGAGAUGUGACUCGGGCAAGCAUCUGGAUACAUGACUACUUCAGACAGUCCUCAACUCUAUCUGCCAGCCCAGAACGAAUACGUUCCUACUGGAGGGCCACCCACAAGACGAGACCUACCGCUCGACGAAGAGAUUGAAAGGUACGUAGCGCAGGAGUUCCCACUGCGAGAAGAAAAUGGCUGUGCAGUUUACAGUGUGCCCAGACACCCCAUUCGUAGGACAGAGCAUCAGGCCAGCCAAGCAGAAAGCCAUGUUUUCAAUUGCUUGAGAGAACUGGAAAUCCCUCGACUGUGGCUAGUCUUCUUUCAGGGCCGCAGUUAUGGGGGAAAAUCAUUUCGCAAAGAGAGAAAUGGUAAAUUGAUAAUGCGUGAACAUGACUACGUGUUCUUCACUUCAUAUAAUGGAAGUAAACAGGUAACGCUUGUAGAAGUGAAGUCAACAUGUGAUAUGUUGUACAGUGGAAUGAUGACUAGUGACGCAAAAAUGAUCAAGAACAGCAAACGCUCAGCUCAGCACCAACUCCGAGACCACGUUGAACUUCUUCAAGCUAGUACAGAACUAAGCAGUGACUUUAGCAUAAGUCUGAACUGUUAUAUAUUCUGGCCAUUUUUAUCAUCCAUGACCAGAGAUCCACAAAAUAACACAAUUUUACGAUGGAAGGAAGAUGGAAAACUGCAUGUGUUUUCAGAAACACUUGGAGCCCCAGAAAAAUUUCAGCAGUGGUUCCAUGAUGAGAUUCUUCAGAAUGGGAAGCCUAUGAAUGAGAACCACUGGGAUCUGUUGCUCAGAAGGUUCAUAGUUCUGAGCUGUGGAGUGUACGUUGAUGAAAUUCAUGAUGGAAUGCUGGCCCUUCUGUCUCAGGAACAAGUGGACCUGUUAAAUCGGAGGCCAACCAACAAACCUCUCAUAAUCCAUGGAGCAGCUGGUACUGGUAAAACAAUGCUCAUUAUACGGAAGCUGCAACAAUUACAUGAAGAAGGAGAGCUACAUAAAAAUGCCCGGGCUCUUUAUGUCUGCUACUGGCCAGGAAUUCGCUGCGAUGUUGUUCGGAAGCUAGAAGCACUUGGAAUAUCUGAAUUUGUAGACACACAGCGUUUUUUCAUCAGCACAGAUGGAUUUUUGAAAGGAAAUAAUAAUGGUUAUAAGCAUGUAUUUAUGGACGAGUGUGAAGCUAUCUGUUUGUCAUUUGACGAGAAUAUCAUCACACAAACAUUUCAGGAACUAUUUAAGUGCUAUCAUAUGGGGAACUUUAAUGCUGGUGUAGAAGAGCCAGGUGUUUUGUGGUUUCUGGUGGACAUCAAUCAGGCCUCUCUGUUCCUUCCAAAAUAUUCACCAAACAUUCUUAAAACACCUGAUGUAAUAUUAACAAAGGUUGUGCGAUCAACUUGCACCAUUUACAGAGUAUUCCAACAAUUUUAUCAAGAACCGAUUCCAAGAAUGCCUGCUGCAGUUAAAUUGGAGGCUUACCAAAAUCUUCAAGGCAUAUCUGUAGCACAUAAUAUAAGUGGACCCCCCAUCUACUGGGUGGACAGCAACAGCCAGGAAUCAUGUUUAAAAGUCCUGGUAUCAGUCAUUCUGGAUCUCUGUUCUACCAAAGGUAUCAGGCCAAAUGAUCUCUGUGUCCUGCCAUUUCUGGUUAACAGCAAUUACAAGCCAGAUGUUAUAAAUCAUGAAAUAGAAAACCAUUUUGUGGAGCGAGGAUUCAUGCCACAAGCCUUGGCAAAUGUUGAAAGUUUCUUGCUGACAAGCAAACCAAAUAAUUUCCUAGUUCCAUGGGUUCUUCGAGUAAAGGGGUUGGAGUUUAAGGUGGUUGUUAUGGUUAUAGAUGAUGAAGACUUUGACUAUGCAGAUGCAGAGGAUAGGCGAAAGGUUUAUAUAAUGAUGUCACGAUGCACUUGUCUGCUUGUGUUGCUUAGUUCAGAAGCCAUAAAGAAUAACAUUGACAAAUACAACAUUAUCAAGCACUAUCCAUUUUCAAUGAAAUUACCAUAGAAUACUCUGCAAUGCAGAAACUUGUGUUAAUGUUUUAAUGGUUUUUAUGGAAACCAUAAUGUGUGUGCACCAUAUCUCAUAAUGUAACCCAGUAUUUCCUUUAGUACAUAUAAAAGCUCAUGGGAGAUGUGGAGGGGCUGAUCAGUUGCAGCAUUGAUAUACAAGUAACGUUCAGUAAAUAAGGUUCCCUCGCCUGUAACAUUACAUUAAUCAGCUUAGUCCUGAUGGCUCUGCUGAAGUUUUGUUUGGACCUCAGAAGCAAUUCUUGGGAGAUCCCCAACAUUGAGGGAAUGGAAGUGGCUGUUGGCGAAUACCUGUGA